CUGAGCGGCGUGGCGUGGCGACGCAACGCUGGCCGGCUGUGGCGGCGGCGGCGGUGGCGACGGCGGGGCGAAGCGGUCAGCCAGCCUCGACAGACACUGACUGACUGACUGACACGGCUCCGCUACAGUAGACAGGCGGCCGGCGGGCGGACAGAUAGACCCAGGCCGGCCGACCGGGCGGCGCAAUCACCAGCCACUCCGUAGUCCGCGCGCGCGCUGUCUCUCUCUCUCUCCCUCCCCCUUUCUUUCUCUCUUUCUCACUCGCACGCCCUCCCCUCUCCCUCUCUCUCACUCUCGACACCUUCCCCCCUCUCUCGCUCACUUCGUGCUCCCUCACGCUCCGCGCGGCUCCCGCUGUCAACUCCUCGUCACCGAGUAUUCCGAAAAUCUAAACGUCGUCGCGUAGCAAACACCGCCACCGCGCGCUGCCGCGGUGCGAGUAACCUCAUGGGUCUGCUGGUGACGUCACGCGUGCUGGGCGGAGCUUGCGCCAGUCACCGCCCAUCCCUUCCCCUCCGCUCCCCUCCACUGCGCGGCCAGUCCAUUCGAUCACAGCGAGAGGGGGUUAAUACAGUGCUACGAGAAGCAUUUCCCCGAGUUUUUCCUGACCUCGAAAUCACAGGACUGAAAUUUCCCCCUUGGUGUGAUGGAGUGGUGAAUUGCCCUGACAACAGCCUGCCAGCUGAGAGAAGUGCACCUUAAAAACCACAGUUCAGUGAGCAGCGCGGAUGGAGGAGGAGGACGACGACACGCACCUGUGCCUCAAGUGCCGGGCGACCAUCACGGGGCUGGACAACUACGUGCAGCACCGCAAGGCGGGCUGCCCGCCGCGCCAGGGCCAGGAGCUGCGCGCCGACGACUUCUUCUCCUCGUUGGAGCUGCAGAGCUCCGCCAAGAAGGCCGCCGCCGCCUCAGCCACGCCCGGCACCGCCGCCGCCAGCAACGAGCGCACCGGCCGCGACACAGACGAGGAGGAAGAGGAGGAGGAGUACAGUGACGGAGAGGAGUUCGCGGACUUUGAGGAGGAGUGUCCGCCGCGCGGCCACACAGGGGGCAAGUGGCGGCCUAGCGCCUGGGCUGGGGGCGGCGCCGCGUCGCCCCUGCCGCCCCCGCCACCGCUGGAGCCGCCGCCCUCCUUCACCGGCGGCAAGUGGAGGCCGCAGCUGUCACCCCAGGAACACCGACCGGGCUCACCUCCCCAUCACCAGCAAGAGGCUUCCGGUGGCAGCAGCGCCAGCGGUCGUUGGCCGGAGACCGAGCAACCCAAAGAGCAGCAGCAGCAGCAGGCGAGGAGCCGCCAGGAGCCGGAAGAUGACGACGAAGAGGAAGAGGGCGGGGGCGGUGGCCCGCCGCCGGGGCACACGAGCGGCAAGUGGGUGCCCGGAGGCCGCGCGGUGCGCAAGCAGGGCAGCACUGUGCAGUACUGGUGCGGCGCCUGCUGCCGGCGGCUCAGCUCGCGCGCGCUCUACCAGCGCCACCUGCAGUCCGAGCUGCACUUCAAGCGCACCCUGCUCGAGCGACAGCUGGAGAGCAGCCGCCCGCCGCAGCUGCAGCCGCAGCAGAGGCCGCGCGCCAAGCGGGUCGUGCGCCGCACCGCCGCUUACAUCAACAGCCACCUCUGGGCGCCCAGCAAGCGCCGCCGCCUACAGGAAGAGGCAGACCGCCAGGCGGCGUCGCAAGCCGUGGCCCCCUCGAGCCCUCCGCCGCCUGCCACCACCACCGCCAAGCAGAGGCCAGCAGCAGCUCAGGAGCCGCGGCCGCAGCAACACCAGCGCCAGCGACAGAAGCGGCUGGCGCAGUGCGAGGCGUGCCGCGCGCGGCUGCAGCGCCACCAGUGGGGCCAGCACCUGCUGUCGCACUACCACUGGCAGCGCGGGGCCGCCGCCGCGCCGCAGCUCCACCGCCAGCUCGUGCUGCGCCACAUGCCCGCCAUCGCCAGGCUGGCGCCCUUCCGCUGCCAGCCCUGCCACUUCUACUUCAACACUUCCCACGAUCUCGAGCAGCACGUCCGCUCCCGCGAGCACCGCCAGCGCGACACAGAGUUGCAGGGCGACUACUGGUGCUCGCUGUGCCGCGCCUCGUGCGACAGCGCGGCCGCCCUGCUGGGGCACCUGCGCUCGCAGGCGCACGGCGAGCUGGUGGCGGCGGCCGCCGGCUCGCUGCCCGUCGAGCUGCGGCGCCGCCGCCUGCCCUGGUGCGCCGACUGCGGCCGGCGCUUCCAGCUGCGCGCGCAGGUGCUGGCGCACGCCCGCCGCCGCGGCCACUUCCGCGCGCUGCGGCUGAUACAGAGGGUGGCCAGGCCGUGCCUCCGCAGCUGCGCCCAGUGCAGCCUGCGCUGCCAGUCGUGGGCCGAGCUUCAGCGACACGUCAAGAAGGCGCACGGCCGGGAGCUGUUCUUCUGCUCGGCGUGCUCGCUGGAGUUCGGCAGCAGCGCGGAGGCGCUGGCGCAUCGGCGCUCCACGCGGCACCGCCACACGGCCAUCCAGCACCUGGCGGGCCCCCGCCGCUGCCACUUCUGCCCGCUCACCGUGGACGGGCUGCCCAGCCUCCAGCAGCACAUCCGCGCCGUCCACCCCAACCUCAUGAGCGCGUGCGCGAUGUGCGGCAUGAAGUUCGCCCUGGCGCAGCAGCUGGCCCGCCACGUGCGUGACAAGGCAUGCGCGUUCCCCGCCCAGGGCGCUGCUGCAGAGCAGAGCAGCCAGCAGCAGCCGGAAGCAGCGGAGGCGGCGUCGGCCGUGGCAGACGCGGACCCUCCUCAGCAAGUCACCGAGGAACCUCAGCAGGCCCCAGAGGAGACGGCCGGGUCUCCGCCUGCCUCCGCCGCAGACCGCGACCCGUUGUCCACGGCAGUCGCUGUCGAGUCCGAGGCACCGGAGGGGCUACUCAAAGAACACGCGUGCAGCCAGUGCCCGUACCGCUGCUCCACGCGGGUCGAUCUCUUAUUCCACACGGUGCUGCACGGCGCGCCGUCCAAGUCGCAGCUGCAGUGCCCCGAGUGCGGCGCGGUGGUGUCUAAGCGGGCGCUGCGCUCGCACCUGCGCGUGCACACGGGUGAGCGGCCGUUGUGGUGCGCCGACUGCGGCGGCGAGUACCCCAGCCGUGCCGCGCUGCUGGCGCACCAGCAGCGCGCGCACUCCAAGUUCGCGGCGGCCCCGGUCGCGCCGUGCGCCGUUUGCGGCUUCCGCGCCGCCAACGCCGUCACCAUGCGGCGGCACGCGCGCCUCCACGCGCCCCGACCCAGGAACUUCGUCUGCGCCAAGUGCGGCAAGGCCUUCUACGACAAGACGACGCUGCAGCAGCACGAGAAGGUGCACUCGGGCAAGACGGUGCCCUGCGACCACGCCGGCUGCAUGUACCGCUGCCGGUCGCUCUCAGAGCUGGCCUUCCACCGCCGGACGCACUCCGACGAGCGCUCCUUUCAUUGCGACGCCUGCAACUUCUCCACCAAGACCAAGUCGCAGCUCGUCCGGCAUGUGAAGAUGCACCUGAACGAGCGCGCGCACCGCUGCCAGCACUGCUCGUUCAGCUCGAGGGUGUCUUCCCACCUGCGCAGACAUAUGCGAGUUCACACUGGGGCCAAGCCCUUUCGCUGCCCUCACUGUACCUUCACCUGCAGCAGCCUCGAAAACCUACGGAAACACGUACUGAGCACCGCGAAGCACCAGGGGAAGUACAUGUACCAGUGCCACCUGUGCGACUUCGGCUGCAACAUGGCGGCCGACUUCCGUGCCCACCUGGUGGUCGCGCACCCCAACGCCUUCCCCGACAGCGAAUGCGCCGCGUCGUACGCCACGGGCAUCUACCAGCGCGCCGACGACCCAGUCUCCGUCGACCAUCCACUCGAGCGCCAGCCGCGGAAGCGCAAGAGGCAGACCAAGUCGGCGGGCAGCUCUGAAGACCCGCCAGUGGCGAACCCAGCCGCACUACCUACUGUGCAAGAGCCCGAGAGCUGCGUCGCUUCUGGUGGAUCUGCCGACAACCUCAAACAGCUGCAGCCUGGUGAGAUGACUGCCCAGCCAGCCAACGAAGAAGUCUCAUCUGUGAAAGUGAAACCAGAGCCCACAACACUGCAUUCUGACGAUCGGACUCUGCUGGAACCCGAGGAACCAACAGUGGGGCAGUGCCUGCCCAAAAGGAAACUGCAGUCCUCGACACCGAAAUCAGCUACCUCAACAGCUUCAAACUGCUCACCGCCAGGGCAUCAGACGACAUCCCAGACGCCACAGGCGAAGCACAGAAUACGCCUCGUGACUGCGACAAAGUCAGCGGCACAGCAUCCCGUUGGCAGUGUUCGUCAACUGACUCCUUCAGUACCUCCCCCACUCCAAAUUUCUCCACUGUCGAUUCAGAUCCCAGUGGUACCGACGGUGACGACACAAAUACAACCGAAAAUAGCCAUUCCAGCCAUCAGAAAUUCUACAGCUGCUACAGCUGCGCGUCCGCUGAUUGGAGUGCCUGUUCCUCAGCUGCAGACAUUUCGGGCCACAACUGGCUGUCAGGUGCCACAGCUGCUGGUACAGCCGGCACCGUUAGCAUUCAUUCUGUCACAGCCGGGCAACGUCCUUCAGAAGUCUACAGCCACCAUUCAGCCCAAGAGUACUGCUAGUCCAACACUAGUGACGGUACGUGCGGAAAGUCCCAGGCCACUGACACCUUCUGUGAUCCAGCUCUCACCAUCUGUCAUCUGUACUCCACAGCUACAGUUAGCAUCCAACGUUUCUGUCGGUAAAACAGUACGACCUUUAUCCUUGACAACAUUGUCCUCAGUACCAGGAACCAAAGAAUCUUUGAUCACUCCUGCUACGAUCUCUUCCAAAGCCCAGACUCAGGCAAAAUUUACAAGAAACGUUGUAGUAAAAUCUCAGUCACUUCAGAAUGCAGUCCAAUUAAAGAAAGCAACAGCAUCAGCUCCAGCAACGGGAAAAAAGUUUCCACCACUUCUGAGGCCGGCUUUGGGUGUGACGUUCCAAAAGACGGCCCAGUCUUCAGUGACAGCUACAACGUCAGUGGCCUCGCUGACAACACAAAUGAGUGGAACGCCAAGUGAUCAUCGGGACUAUAUCAGUCAGACAAGGAGUGGCGUUGCGAGGGUCCUUACGACAAUCGACGACGCAGAGCGUCCUGGCACGGCAUCGAGCAGUGAGACACAACCGAGCAGCAACAUUAAAGUGGAAGACAGCGAUACGGACGAACCAGCUGACCAGCGGUGACGUCACCAUGCUGCGGACAACCUCAUCGUGGGAGUGACGUCGUAAUGCGAAGUCCCCACGUCACGACGCAGGUCGUCAGAGUAUGUGCAGUGAAAGACAAUCCAUUGCUUUAUUUUCUUUGUUAACACGCGAGGAAAUCCGUCAGUCAGUCAGUACGAAACAGAAACAGCAACAUAAUCAGUCGAGCACUACAGCCGACAGCAGCGUGUAUUAGUUUUAUGAGAGCGAUAUUUCAAAUCCAGCCUGUCUUCGUAAAAAAGGAUACGUGAAGCCCCGCAAUGAAAAUAUCGUCGAUAUUAAAUAAACUUCAUUGCAAGGGAUUGGCUCUGUAAAUUUCUUCUUUUUUCGCAACUGAAAUCGUUGUUUUGAUCUGCACCAGAAAACGAGAAACUCGUGUGAUUUCCGUGGUUAGCGGGAUUUGUGAUGAUUUAUUUUCGGGGUUCCUUGCCCUAUUGAUGACUCCAUUCUGCUUGCAGAACAUUUCGACGUCUGAUCUAGUCGUCUUUUUGAGGUUGUGACAUUCUUGGCCAGUGGCAACACUUUUUAUGUCGAAAUUUGUCUGGAUAACGCAUCAAGUGCCGGUAUAACCAUUUUCACAUUCAUUAAAAAUACUUAUUUUCUGAUCGACUGUGCAGUCUAAGGUGGAAAGUCUCAGGCUGACUAUACAACAGUUAUUGCUUAUUGGUUGUUACAUCAGUUUUAAAAAAAGAAACAGUUACAUGUUUCCAAUAAAAAAUAAAAACCCUGCUUCUCAAGUCAACGUGGCUACCAUCUUUCCAGUCACAAAUUUAUAAGAAAUAUCACGGAGCCGUCGGCACUGACUGACAUUCGGCCUUGUUCAUACAAGAGAUCAGCAAUUUCCGUCACUUCUCUCAGAAGCGGUUUUAUUUAAAGACUGCGUCAUUUACGUGAUUAGUUAGGCGUAAAAAGCCAUUCCAACAGAUUUGUUGGUGGAACGCCAAAAAUACGCAAUUAAGGAUUUUAAAUGAUGUCCUUCGCAGAAUACCAGUUAAUUUGGUUUAGAAUCGCCAUUUAUAAUUGUUUAUUGACAUUGGAUUUGCUAGAAAAAGACAUUGGUAUUGGUGACAUUUAAAACCAAUUACUUUUCCCCAUUACAAAAAUUGUAAUAAUAAUUUUGUUGAUGUAAGUCAUUCACUGUGCGUAAAGGUUGAUAUGGCGUUAAAAACUUCCAGUGAUGAAUGUGCUGGAGGUAAUAGAUGAUUUUAUAUGGCUAUAUUAAUUCUUUAUUAUUAAAAUAUAGACUUUUUACUUGCAUUCACUUGUGUGUGCCGAGUUAGUUCUAUACUCUGCAUAGUCUGCAAUAACACAGUCACUCUGAUGUGUGGUUCGAUCAAAAUGAUGCAAAAUUACCUACGAAAACCACCAUAUAUCAGAUGUGAUGGGUCAUUUAAAUGAAGCAGUCCUCUACGAAACCUGUUAUGUCACUAUGAAUUGUGCGACCUCCCGUUUUCCAAUAAACGUUACUAUUAUUUGGCGCGUACUCGAAACUGAGAAUUGGACGCGAAAAUUCGGAUGACUCAGAGAUACUAAUACGAGUAAGUGUAUUUAGUAUGUCUGACAUUAAAUGAAUCAGAAAAUUACAAGAAAAAUUAAGGUCUUGGCAGCACUACGUUACGCGAAAUCGAAGUCUGACUGAAAUGUUCGGUAAUUUUACGUUACGUGUCAGAGACUACGCUGAAGGCAAUCGGUUAUGGGCUUAGUGUAUGCUGUCAAUCUACUAUCCAUGAAAAUCAGAAGGUAAUUCGAGCUACAUCAGAAGAUAUUCAGAGCAGAGAUUUUAUUUUUGCUCACUGCCAGAAAGUCUCGUUUGUCUUUUAUUGUGUGUAAAAAUGGAGGCGUCAGUUAGAAUGGAAACGCGACAACGUGCCAUCAGUCAACAAUUCGUGUCGCUUGUAAUAAGUCAGGUUAGAGCUUCCGUUUCAUAAUGGAUGUGCCCAAACUAUUGACCUUCGUUGUUUUACUACCUCGAUUCACACAAGCAGCAGCUACCCACUGCGUAUGAAUUGCGUAUGAAACAGCAGAUGUUUGAUUUCCAUGUAUCAAAACGUAGAAGUGUUACAUAUAUAUCUGCAUGUCUUUCGAAAUAUAUUGGUCAUUCGAAUGUGUGUUUGAAUUUACAAUAGUAAAUGUGGUUAUGAGGUAGCGGUAAACAGGUUUGUUUUAUAACGCACAGCCUUGAGAAAAGUGUUAAUACAGAGGGCGUUAAGUUCGUUUUUGAAUAUCGAAGGACAACUCAGACUCAGUUUCGAAAUGUUUCUUCAGAGUUGCACAUAGUUGUAAACGUCGCUAGUGUUUAUAAACUCUGCUUUUAAAGUAAACACAUGUUAUUACCCUUGAUGCUACCUGCGAAAGAAUGGAUUUUUGACGUUGUUCUCAAUUUCCCUGUUGUGGCUAACCAGCAUCCGGGCAGAACUCCAUACAAUAUAUAUUCUGUCGCGGACUUUGUAAUGUCUUUCAUUCAUAAUAGAAUAUGCUACAUGCGGGCUGCUCAUAGGAACGCAUUUACUACAAAUAUUCCCUGAAGUCGUCACUUGAGUUGACAGCUACAAACAACUGCGCUUCAGCCUUUAUAACACUGCCUCCUGUCUAAAGCUGUUUCUCAGAAAUGUUCCAGCGCUGGAAGAAACAGUGACCUUUCAGCUUCCACCGAGAAGACAUUCCAGUUCAACAGCAAUGUACACCAUGAUCCCUGUUACUUGCCGUCGUACGUAUAUCACCAGCUAGCCGACGUGCAACACAGUCCAAUUGAAAAUAACAUAACGACCUAUUUUGUAACAGUUGAACCUUUAAAUAUUGUGUCUUUCAUGUUCCUCGUUAUUCAUUGCUUUGAAAUGUAGAAUUUUGUGAAUAAAAUGUUUAAAUACAAU